CGAGGUCUGUGGGCGGGGCGCGGCGGUGGCCAGUGAGACAAGAUGGCGGCUGCAGGGCAGGCUCCGCGGCGCGUGGGCUUCGUGGGCGCCGGUCGCAUGGCGGGGGCCAUCGCGCAGGGCCUCAUUAGAGCAGGAAAAGUGGAAGCCCAGCACAUACUGGCCAGUGCACCGACAGACGGGAACCUAUGUCACUUCCAAGCUCUGGGCUGCCGGACCACCCACUCCAACCAGGAGGUGCUGCAGAGCUGCCUGCUCGUCAUCUUUGCCACCAAGCCCCACAUCCUGCCAGCUGUUCUGGCAGAGGUGGCUCCUGUGGUCACCGCUGAACACAUCUUAGUGUCCGUGGCUGCUGGGGUCUCUCUGAGCACCCUGGAGGAGCUGCUGCCCCCCCACACACGGGUGCUGAGGGUAUUGCCCAACCUGCCCUGCAUGGUCCAGGAAGGGGCCAUCGUGAUGACGCGGGGCCGCCACGUGGGCAGCAGCGAGACCAAGCUCCUGCAGCAUCUGCUGGAGGCCUGUGGGCAGUGUGAGGAGGUGCCCGAAGCCUACAUCGACAUCCACACGGGCCUCAGUGGCAGUGGCGUGGCCUUCGUGUGCACAUUCUCCGAGGCCCUGGCCGAGGGCGCCGUCAAGAUGGGCAUGCCCAGUGGCCUGGCCCACCGCAUCGCUGCCCAGACCCUGCUGGGGACAGCCAAGAUGCUGCUGCACGAGGGCCGGCACCCAGCCCAGCUGCGCUCUGAUGUGUGCACCCCGGGCGGGACCACCAUCUACGGGCUCCACGCCCUGGAGCAGGGCGGGCUGCGAGCAGCCACCAUGAGCGCCGUGGAGGCUGCCACCUGCCGGGCCAUGGAGCUCAGCAGGAAGUAGGCUGGGCUCUGGCCAUCCUUGCCCACCUUUGUGCCCCCAUCUCCCUGUGCACCUUCUGAGGACUGCGACUCUCUCCCUCCUGCAGGAGGGUCUCCAACCGCUCCUUCUCCCCCUGCACAGGGAAAUGCACGGGGCAGGACUUGAGAGGUUCCAGUAGGUGGGGGAGCCCCCACCAGUGGGGACACUCCUCCCUCCCCCAUGGGCAGAAGGCGCUGUGGUAGUGGCCCUGCCCCCUGCUGCAGUGAGCCUGCCUUGCUGUAAUGUUGGUUCUGAGGGGCCCAAGAGAUGGCGUCUUGGUCAGGUGCCCGCAUGGUUGGACUGUUGGUCAAGGCCAUGAACAGAACUGAUGGUAACAGGCACGGCUGGCCCAAUGCCUGGUCUGGGGCUGGGGCCUGUCUUUGGCUUUCCAGGUGGCUCCGUGCAGCUACAGCCAGGCCAGCUGUCUCAUCUCAGCUCUAUGGGGCACAAGCCAUACAGGGUGUGUAUAAAAGACCCUCUCCCCCGCAGUAAAGCCAGGGGCCCUGGCCUGCUGUGCGUGGGGCCCCCAUGGGCAGCUGGAGCGUGCCCUGAGAAGAGGGUGGCUGUGUGCUCUCCCCUGCGAAGGAGAAGGAGCUGCUGGGCCAAGUGUGCAGCAGUGCUGGGCGGCAGCAGGCGGGCAGUGUUAGGUGGGGCAGCUUAAGGUCUGGGAGGGUAGCCCUGGCCAGCCAGGACAAACACAGACCCCAGCUUCAGCUGGGAUACAGGCUCACUCUUUCCUCCUGACCCUAAGCUCCUGGCAGGUGGCCAGGUGGGUCUGGGGCCUCCCAACCCUCGCGUGGGUCAGGGUCCUGGAAUGCCCCAUGGCUCUGGCACCACCACACUGGCCUCUGACAGCAGGAGUUGGCCCCUCCACAUGUCCCUUAAGGACAGCAGGUCAGGGAAGCCAGGACUUGGGGGUGAAGCAAAGCCCCAGGAUCGCAGGCUGGGGUUCUGGGGCCUUUGGGUCAGAAGGGCCUGGGCCAGACAGCCUCAGCUUCGUACCGUGCCUCACAAGAUUCACCCUGGCCUCUAGUUCCACACUGGCCUAUGAGUGCAGCAGCUCUCAGCUUCCACCCAGCAAGCUCUGAAGGUGAGGCGGGGAGCAUGCCCUCAGAGAGGCCGGGCAGCAGGUUCCGCCAUGUCAUCUCCCUGUGUGCCUGGGCAGAUCCAUCUCCUAGUGCAAAAUAGGGCUAAGGGCACCUGCACGCUCCAUCCCUCACGCUCAGCUGCCUCUGGCCACGGACUUCUGCCCUCCGCCUGCUCUCUCUUACUCCCCUGAGCCUAGCCCAUCCCCAAGCUCCCACCCUACCUGCUUCCCAGGGCAGGCUGACUCAGUUGACUAGUCUAAGCCUGGCCCUGGCACUUGUGAGGGUCAGCCUAAGGAGAUGGGAAUAAACAUGCCAGAGAGCACCA